CGCAUCUCGAAAUGAACCAACUACACAAAUGAUGAGGACGCGGAUGAGGACGAGGAUUCUUAUGUUCCGUCAUUGGUUUGGAAUGGCAAAGUGCUGAGGCUGCCUGGGAUGGGAAUUGUUGAGGGAUACAUGGUGGCGGCGGCAUACCCGAUGCGAAACGGUUCGAGUACAACGUAAUUGAGACCGAGGCCGGCUCGAACGAAGGUAGGCAUGAGGGGUGGUCAGAAAGCAUGUUCCAGUGUUCGCGACUGGUUUUUGGGGUGACGAGGACACCCCGGUUGAUAACAAGCGAAUAUGCAAGGUUGAUCGCACGAGGCAGGCCACUUCAAGAACACAAGCAUGCAGCGCAGCGGAGACAAGCCCAUCUCAUACCUACUCUAAAUCCAUGCUCUUGUCCUGGAUCGUCGUCGGCACUGGUCUGCUCGUCCGCACAGUCGUCGCCCAUGGUUGGGUCGGCCAAAUCACUAUCGCUGGAACGGUGUAUCAGGGAAACGGACUCGGGACCACCGGUGGACCCUCGGUCAUCCGCCAAGUCGACACCAACUCCCCCGUCACGUCUGUCUCUGAUUCGAAUCUGUCGUGCGGACCGCACGCGCAGCCCGCAUCACAGAUCGCCAACGCCAACCCGGGCGAUGCGAUCGCGGUGGAUUGGGUUUCCACGGAGGGACCCUGGUUCCAUGACGUCGGCCCGCUCCUGACGUAUCUCGCCAACUGCGGGUCCCAGACGUGUGAUCAGUUCGACGCGUCGCAGGCGCAGUGGUUCAAGAUCGAGGAGGCGGGGAGGGAUGCGUCCGGUUGGGCGCAGGCUCAGCUGAACUCGGGCGCGCCUGCAACACUGAACCUUCCUUCGAACCUCGCAGCAGGGAACUACCUUCUGCGCCACGAGAUAAUCGCGCUGCAGAACGGCGGCAGCCAGGGUGGUGCUGAAUUCUACGCGAGCUGCAGCCAGCUGAAGGUCGGCGGCUCGGGCACUGGGGCCCCGACGAGCAGCGAGCUGGUCAAGUUCCCCGGGGCGUAUUCAGCGACAGAUCCUGGCAUUCUAGUCGAUGUGUACACGAAUACAGGUGCUCCUUAUAGCUUCCCUGGACCCCCGAUCGCGGCUUUUGCGGGUGGAUCCCCUUCGCCGCCUGCGACCCCAACAACCCAACCUGGGCUCACCCCCUUUCCUCGAUAUCGGACACUCGUCAAGGAAGGGACACUGCGAGGCGAUGACCACCAAACGCGCAUCAUCCAGAAACUGCAAGACCUGCACGAUAAAUUAGUGGGAUACGAUCCACCCCGCGUCUCCCCCUCCCCCACCUCAUCAUCGGGAUCGUCACUCUUCUCUCGCCUCCUGGGCCGCACGUCGUCCCCGGAACCUGCUGCUCCGCCCGCAGACGCCCCGAAAGGGUUGUACCUCUAUGGAGACGUGGGCACCGGAAAAACGAUGCUGAUGGACCUUUUCUACUCGACACUGCCUCCGGAGAUCACGCGCAAGCGCAGGGUGCACUUCCACGCGUUCAUGAUCGACGUGCACAAGCGCAUCCACGCCGUGAAAGCGCGCAAGGGCAGCAGUGGCGACCCUAUACUGCCUGUUGCGCGGGACCUGGCGAACGAGGCGUCCGUUCUCUGCUUCGAUGAGUUCCAGGUGACUGACAUCGCAGACGCCAUGAUCCUGCGCCGGCUGUUGGAGAGUUUGUUGAACUUUGGGGUCGUUUGCGUCAUCACGUCCAAUCGGCAUCCCGACGACCUUUACAAGAACGGAAUCCAGCGAUCGAGUUUUAUUCCUGCCAUAGAACUGCUGAAAUCGCAGUUUGAGGUCACCGACUUGGACUCGGGCACAGAUUACCGGCGAAUGGCACGAGUGCCGUCCUCUGUCAAGCCGUACCAUCAUCCGCUUUCUCCGGAAACCGCACAGACCAUGGCAUCAAUCUUUGAUUCUCUGCACUCCGAAGAAGACCCCGUGGUGCGCGACCGCAAACUUACGAUCUGGGGCCGCACGCUCCUCGUGCCCGAAUCGACGUCGACCGUCGCCAAGUUCACGUUCCAACAACUCUGCGAGAACCCGCUGAGCGCCGCGGACUACAUCGAGAUCACGCGUGUCUUCGGGACCAUCUUUCUGCUCGAUGUGUGGAAGAUCGGGGUCGACCGGAAGGAUCUGGCGCGGCGGUUCAUCACAUUCAUCGAUGCAUGUUACGAGAGCAAGACGCGGCUGUUCAUCUCGUCCGAAGUGCCGAUAUACCAGGUCUUCUCUGGGGAUGCCAAAUCUGGGGAGGUGACAGCGGAGAUGCGAGAAACAAUGGAAGAGCUGGGACUGACGGCAGAUCUGCUCAAGAGCUCCAUGUUCACGGGGGAGGAGGAGAUCUUUGCAUUUGCGAGGGCAUGCUCACGGCUGGUCCAGAUGGAGAGCAAGGAGUGGGUCGAGAGCGCGGGCACGUCCGCGGUCGGCAUCAAGUCUACAUAGAUCUAGAAGGACUUCAAGAUCUAGAGAGAGCGCAUGCAUACCUAAUAAUACCCACCAUUAAUCAGAGAUUCACUCAAAUUUUC